AAAGGAUUUACCUGAGGAUGAUGAUUUCACUGUUCCUUUUAGGCAGGUAGUAGAACGUGAUUUAAUGCAACAAAUAUCUAUUCCAUCCACUAGUAUAGACACAGAAAUUUCGCUCACCCUACCAGUAAUCAAUAAAAAACAACAAUUUUUUGUUACAGCUGAGUGUAUAGUCUAUAUGUUUCGAAAAGCUGUUCGUUCUGGUUAUGAAGAGAUCUUACACUAG